AUGGGAAAACAAUAUCUUGGCCUCCCAAUUAUCCCCGCAGACACUGCAUUCGGUCUUAUGGCCGACUUUGAUGCAGACACUCAUCCAAACAAAGUAUCUUUGAUUGCUGGAGCAUAUCGCGAUGCAAGUGGAAACCCCUGGAUUUUACCAAGCGUCAGAAAGGCAAAGGAAGCUAUAGGUGAAAGCACCCUCGAGGUUGCUGAGCCUAAUGAUGUCGUCAUCCUACAAACUUGUGCGCAUAAUCCCACGGGGGUGGAUCUUUCAAAUCCUCAGUGGAUGAAGAUUUUAGACUUGGUCCAGCGGAAGAAGCUUUUCGUUGUCUUCGACAGUGCGUAUCAAGGUUUUGCGACAGGCGACGUCAAUGAAGACGCGUGGGCAGUUCGUCUAUUUACAGAGGAAAUUCUUGCCUCCGGAUCGCACCCGGGACUUUGUGUAGCACAGUCAUUUUCUAAAAAUUUUGGUCUUUAUGGCGAGCGUGUCGGCGCUUUGCAUUUAAUUGUGCCUCGACAUCUUUCGGCGCAGGGUGCUCAAAGUGAAUUGAUGGCAAUUGCGCGAGCCGAGUACUCCAAUCCACCACGGCCCGGAGCAGUUAUUGUCGAAACGAUACUUGGGGAUCAGCGUUUGAAAGCGCAAUGGGAAACAGAUUUGAACACGAUGAGCUCAAGAAUCAAGGAGAUGAGACAUGAGCUACGUUGGAAGCUAGAGAAGGAGACACAACAGGAUUGGUCAUACAUUGAGAACCAAAUUGGAAUGUUCAGUUCGACAGGGCUGACCUCGCAGCAAGUUUCCCGACUUCGAGAUGAGUUCCAUGUCUAUCUCCUACCGUCAGGCCGGCUGAGUGUGUGUGGAUUGACUGAAAGAAACGUCCAAUACGUGGCACACGCUAUUUGUCAAGUCAUGAAUACCUAA